AUGGCGAGUCUCGCAACAUGCCCGCCCUUGACCAGAGAAUCGGUCUUUGAGGCACGAAAGCUCAUCCAGACUCAUGUUCACAAAACUCCGGUCCUCACAAACAAGACUCUCAGCCAAAUGGCGUCCACGCCGAGGGCAUCUUCUACCCUCGGUGACAGAAAGCCUGCCAAACCUAUCAUCAGGCUCUGGUUCAAGUGCGAAAACAUGCAGCGCAUAGGUGCUUUCAAAGCUAGAGGAGCAUUUCAUGCCAUUGAGAGACUCAAACAGGAACCCGGGUGGCUUGAUAAUGGUGGAAAGACCAAAGGAGUCGUUGGAUUCAGUGCAGGAAACCAUGCACAAGCAUUGGCACUGGCAGCCAGAGAGAAUGGCAUCACAGCGCACAUUGUGAUGCCAAGCACCACUCGCCCUUACAAAAUUGACGCCACAAAGGGAUAUGGCGCUAACGUUGUUGUCUGCGACCCCAAAGACCGUGAAGCUGUCGCGGCCAGGAUUGUCUCGGAAACAGGCGCUCGUCUCGUUCCGCCGUUUGACCAUCCAGACGUGAUUCUCGGCCAAGCAACUGUUGGCUUAGAGAUGCAGGAUCAGAUCGAGAGCCUCGAUGCCGUUAUCGCACCAUGCAGUGGCGGCGGUCUUCUUUCUGGCGUGGCAUUGAGCUGCGAGGGAACAAGAGUGAAGGUUUUUGGAGCCGAGCCUGAGUUUGAGGGCGCUGAUGACGGGCGUAGAGGCUACUAUUCAGGAAAGCGAGUUACUGAGGCCAGUACCAGAUUAAUUGCGGACGGUUUGAUCGGCGUCGUUGGAGCAUUUCUUUUCCUUCGAAAUUCUGAUCUUUUAGGAUUUGAUUAUCGCCUUUAA